UCUCUCUCUCUCUCUCUCUCUCUCUCUCAUAAAACCUGAUUUAUGAUACACUCUUGAGCAAUAGACAAUCAUCAUUCACUGGUGCUGCUUGUGGAAGGAGAAGGGACUUGGAAUGAAAUGGAGUACUGGAGCAACUUAUUAUUUCAUGCAACCAAGUCUGGUUUAAACACUGCACCAAAUUUGGAACUCCUUCAACAUUGGGAAGCAAAGUUGAAGUCAAACUCACCAUGUUUCUGGGAGAAUGUCAGCAUAUUUCUGCAACUUGGCUUCCUUGGAAGCCUAUUAAUCUAUUUUGUAUGCAAAAUAGUAUGUCAGUCAUGCAUGCAAAGAUCAAAACCUACAGAGAAGUACCCUGGUACAGUAAAGCAAGGUCUCAUCUACAAAGCCAAUGUAGGUUGCUCUAUUCUGCUACUGGGAAGCCAUUUGCUCAUUAUUCUGAUGUUGUUGAAUGGGAGUGGGACCCGUUGCAAAUCUAAAAUGUCGGUUUUUUUGAAAGAAAUCAUGCAAGUGUUAUCAUGGUUGAUUUCACUACUUGCAGCUAUAAACACACGGAAAGCAAGUUCACCAAAACUUCCUUGGUUUCUAAGAGCUUGGUGGAUAUGCAGCUUCUCAUUGUCAAUUAUUUUCACAGCUCUUGAUAUUCAGUACAUUCUUAUCAACAAGGAAUAUCCUGGGGUAGGAGAUUACAUUGAUUUCUUCAGUCUCCUUGCCUCCACCUACCUGUUGGGUAUUUCGAUCAAAGGCACCACAGGAAUCAGCUUCUUCGAGAAUGGCAUUACUGAUCCACUUCUCAAUGGGAAAACUGAAAGGAAAGAAGGAAAAAAGGAUUCUCCAUAUGGACAUGCUACUCUUCUCCAACUAAUUACCUUCUCUUGGCUCAACCCAUUGUUUUCAGUUGGGUUCAAGAAGCCACUCGAACAGGAUGAUAUCCCAGAUAUCGAUGUGAAAGACUCUGCUCGAUUCGUCUCCCAGUCAUUCAGUGAUUGUAUAAAUCAUGUCAAGGAAAGGGACAGCACCACAAAUCCAUCCAUAUACAAGGCAAUCAUUCUGUUUAUCAGGAAGAAAGCAGCAAUUAAUGCAUUGUUUGCAGUCAUCAGUGCUGGAGCAUCAUAUGUUGGACCAUACUUGAUUGAUGACUUUGUGAACUUUUUAAGUGGGAAAAACCAACAGAGAUUACAGAACGGGUACUUUCUAGCACUAGCCUUUUUAAGUGCCAAGAUGGUUGAGACCAUCACACAGAGGCAGUGGAUUUUUGGGGCACGUCAACUCGGACUUCGCCUUCGAGCAACUCUCAUAUCCCACAUAUACAAAAAGGGCUUGCAUCUAUCAAGCCAGUCACGCCAAAGCCAUACUAGUGGAGAGAUCAUUAAUUACAUGAGUGUUGAUAUCCAACGUAUUACGGACUUCAUAUGGUACCUAAACAUAAUUUGGAUGUUACCCAUACAAAUUUCCCUAGCGAUAUAUAUUCUAAAUAUGAAUCUGGGUUCUGGAUCACUGGCAGGAUUAUUGGCAACGGCAAUAGUCAUGGCCUGCAACAUACCCCUCACAAGAACCCAGAAAAGAUUCCAGUCCAAGAUUAUGGAAACAAAGGAUGAUCGGAUGAAAGCUACAUCAGAAGUUCUCCGAAACAUGAAGACUCUGAAACUCCAAGCUUGGGAUACUCAGUUUCUCCACAAGAUAGAAAGCCAGAGAAAACUUGAGUAUAACUGGUUAUGGAAGUCAUUACGGUUAUCAGCACUCACAGCAUUUAUCUUCUGGGGAUCCCCCACAUUCAUUUCGGUUGUGACGUUUGGAGCAUGUAUACUUCUAGGGAUCCCACUCACAGCUGGGAGAGUCUUAUCUGCAUUGGCAACCUUCCGGAUGUUGCAGGAUCCUAUCUUCAAUCUACCUGAUUUGCUCUCAGUGAUUGCACAGGCUAAAGUUUCGGUUGAUCGGGUUGCAUCAUACCUGCAGGAGGAUGAAAUUCAACCAGAUGCAGUGGUGUUUUCCCCAAAAGAUGAAUCAGGAUUUGCGAUUGAGAUUCAGAAUGGAAAAUUCAGCUGGAAUCCAGAAUCAAGAAGCCCAACUCUUGACAGAAUAGAGUUGAAAGUGAAAAGUGGGAUGAAAGUGGCCAUUUGUGGAACUGUUGGAUCAGGAAAAUCUAGUCUGCUCUCUUGUAUACUUGGGGAAAUACCAAAAUUGUCAGGAAUGGUGAAGAUUAGCGGAACUAAAGCAUAUGUUCCUCAGUCCCCUUGGAUAUUGUCAGGAAAUGUCCGAGAGAAUAUUCUCUUUGGAAAUCCAUAUGACAGUGCCAAGUAUGAGAGAACAAUUAAGGCAUGUGCUUUGGAAAAGGAUUUUGAGCUCUUCUCCUUUGGUGAUCUAACAGAGAUUGGAGAAAGGGGAAUUAAUAUGAGUGGAGGCCAGAAGCAAAGAAUACAAAUUGCACGUGCAGUCUAUCAGGAUGCCGAUAUCUAUCUUCUUGAUGACCCUUUCAGUGCUGUUGAUGCUCAUACAGGCACCCAACUCUUUGAGAACUGCCUGAUGGGGAUUCUUAAAGACAAAUCUAUACUUUAUGUGACACACCAAGUUGAGUUUCUUCCUGCAGCAGACCUCAUUUUGGUGAUGCAAGAUGGAAGGGUCAAACAGGCAGGAAGGUUUGAAGAACUACUAAAACAGAACAUAGGAUUUGAAGUUUUAGUUGGUGCACACAGCGAAGCUCUAGAGUCAAUUAUGAUGGUGGAAAAUUCAAGCAGAACAUCCGAAAGGCUCCUGUCUGAUGGAGAAGUUGAUGUUGAACCCACCUCAAAUACAGGGCUUUAUAGUGGUCAGCAUGACUCUGAACAUAAUAUUUCCCUAGAGACAACAGACAAUGGAGGGAGAUUAGUCCAGGAUGAAGAGAGAGAGAAAGGAAGCAUUGGAAAAGAAGUCUACUGGUCUUACCUGACUACAGUGAAAGGUGGGGCCUUGGUCCCUAUCAUACUCCUGGCGCAGUCACUCUUCCAAGUAUUACAGAUAGCCAGUAACUAUUGGAUGGCAUGGGCCUCUCCUCCUACAACUGAGGCUAAGCCUGUAGUGGGGUUGAACACUCUUUUCCUUGUGUAUAUAAUGCUAUCUGUUGGAAGUUCACUUUGUGUGCUCGUCCGAGCCACGCUACUUGCAAUAGCUGGCCUUCUAACCUCGCAAAAGCUCUUCACAAACAUGCUGCACAGUGUAUUUCGUUCUCCAAUGGCUUUCUUUGAUUCAACACCAACUGGAAGGAUAUUAAAUCGGACUUCUACAGAUCAAAGCGUGCUAGACUUGGAGAUGGCAGGAAAAUUAGGUUGGUGUGCAUUCUCAAUAAUACAGAUUCUGGGGACUAUUGCAGUGAUGUCACAGGUAGCAUGGCAAGUGUUUGCAAUCUUCAUUCCAGUUACAGCAAUCUGCAUUUGGUACCAACAAUACUAUAUACCAACUGCAAGAGAACUGGCCCGUCUUUCUGGGAUUCAAAGAACACCAAUUCUCCACCAUUUUGCAGAAUCAUUAAUGGGAGCGGCCACUAUCCGAGCUUUCAACCAUGAAGACCGUUUCACUAAUGCAAACCUCAGCCUUAUUGAUGACCAUUCUAGGCCCUGGUUCCAUAAUGUGUCAGCAAUGGAGUGGCUUUCCUUCAGACUAAACUUAUUGUCAAAUUUCGUGUUUGUGUUUUCAUUGGUUUUGCUUGUGAGCCUCCCCGAAGGAAUAAUUAAUCCAAGCAUUGCAGGUUUGGCAGUGACAUAUGGAUUGAGUCUGAACGUUCUGCAAGCAUCUGUCAUAUGGAACAUAUGCAACGCAGAAAAUAAAAUGAUCUCAGUAGAAAGAAUUCUGCAAUAUUCAAAACUCCCUAGUGAAGCACCUCUGGUGAUCGAAGAAUGCAAACCACCAAACAACUGGCCACGAGUUGGAACAAUCUGCUUCAAAAACUUGCAGAUCCGAUAUGCUGAACAUCUUCCAUCUGUCUUAAGAGAUAUUAACUGCACCUUUCCUGGAAGGAAGAAGGUAGGUGUUGUAGGACGGACAGGGAGCGGAAAAUCAACUCUUAUACAGGCCAUCUUCCGAAUUGUGGAACCAAAAGAAGGAACCAUAGAAAUUGAUAGUGUGGAUAUCUGCAAGAUAGGCCUCCAUGACUUGAGAUCCAGGCUUAGCAUCAUUCCCCAAGAUCCAACGAUGUUUGAAGGGACAGUGAGAGGAAACCUUGAUCCAUUGGGUCAAUACUCUGACAAUGAUAUAUGGGAGGCUCUUGAUAAAUGUCAACUUGGAGAUCUCUUGCGUGCAAAGGAAGAGAAGUUGGAUUCAACAGUGGUGGAGAGCGGGGAAAACUGGAGCGUGGGCCAGAGGCAGCUAUUCUGUCUUGGAAGAGCCUUAUUAAAGAGAAGCAGCAUUCUUGUUUUAGAUGAAGCCACAGCCUCUGUUGACUCUGCAACCGAUGGCGUGAUACAGAAGAUUAUAAGCAGGGAGUUCAAAGAUCGCACAGUUGUCACUAUAGCUCACAGAAUUCACAGUGUCAUAGAUAGCGAUCUUGUUCUAGUCCUCAAUGAAGGAAGGGUAGCGGAGUAUGACACACCAGCUAAACUGCUAGAACGAGAGGAUUCAUUCUUCUCAAAGCUAAUAAAGGAGUACUCUUUGAGAUCACAAAGCUUCAACAACCUAGCAAAAAAUCAAAAUGCAGGUCUGAUUUCUUAGAAUCUCCUAAUCUCAGUAGUUUGAAGACCAUCCCAAAUGAGGAGCACAUAUUGAGGCACCAUAACAGAAGGGGGAAAAAUAUAGAGCAGCCAACCAAUGAAUGCCCAAACAAUCACUCGUGCUAACCAGGAGACAUGAGUAUUACCUUGGGAUGGAGCACUAGAUUUGUAUGAUUAAUUUUAUUACUCCCUCAGCACUGCGAAGAAAUGUAAUAAUGUUAUCAUUUUAGAAGAGUAGAAUUAGUAAUAACAAUAAUCCUCUUCUUCUUCAUCA